CUUCCUGUCUGCUCAGUAGCAACCUUCGUCGUAGGGUCUCCGAUGGAAAGCCUCCCGCUUUCCUCCUGUUUUCUGUGUGUUGCUUUCGGAGGCCAGUUGUUACCAUGGCACCGGAGGUAUGGCGUUAUCGCCCUCGGAUCUCCAUCUUUGACCGAGCCGCAAGGCGCCGAGCCGGCCUCUUGCCGAGUAACGGCCCCACAUCUAAGGGUCUCCAGGCCAGCAAACUUUUCCACAUUCCAUGUGCCCGAUUCUUUACAUAGCGCCUCAAGUACAUACCGCAGGGUUGGCGGAUCCGUUUCGGAUGCGAUCCGGCACGAGGGGCCCGGCGCGCCAGCGAAUGAUCCGUCGUUAUCGUGUAUACGCGGUUCUGGGUACUACGAGAUCGCCGUCCGGUUGCGUCACUUCUCAGCCCUGCAGACAAGUUGCGCAAGGUCACUUCCUCCAAUCUGCAUAGCGCCGAGCAUACCACACUGCGGUCUGACGAAAGACAAUCAUGCUGCUUACACCUUAUAUGGUCACUGAUGUCAGUGCCAAUAUUGAACACCAGAAGAUUGGCCGGCUAGUCUGGACAUCGAUAGCUUUGUCUUAAGCUGUGUAGUAGUAGCUCCCAUGACUAGAAGCAGUCCACGGUCCAAGCUGGGUGAAGG